AACAGUAAAUAUUUAUGCAAUUGGUCAUAAUGAAACAAUCUGAUAAUAAUAAUCAGAAUUAAAAAUUUAUGAUUAUGUUGAAGUUGGACAUACUCAUGCGAUAUAAUAUCUAGACAUAGCAUACGAAAUAAUUUUUACAAUUUUUGUACAAUACAAGUUUUUAAAAUGAGUCUCGAAUUUAAAGUGUUCACACUGAAUUGUUGGGGCAUAGCAGUGGUUUCCAAAGAUAGAAAAAAACGGAUGCAAGCUAUAGCCGAAUAUCUAGCAACUAGUCACUAUGAUGUAGUCUGUCUUCAGGAAGUUUGGACAGACAGAGACUUUUUUUUAAUUAGGGACAAAGUAGUUGGAGUAUUUCCCUAUUCACAUUAUUUUUACAGCGGAGUAACUGGCUCAGGAGUAUGUAUUUUAUCUAGACAUCGAUUUGAGGAAACAUUUUUUCACCAAUGGUCUCUAAAUGGUUACAUUCACAAGUUGCAUCAUGGGGACUGGUUCGGAGGUAAAGGAGUAGGAUUGUGCACAAUGAAAGUAAACAAUUUCAGAAUAAAUGUCUAUACUGCUCAUCUACAUGCGGAAUAUAACCGAAACAGUGAUGAAUAUGAAGCUCAUCGUAUCUUACAGGCGUACGAUACUGCUCAAUUUAUUAUGCUCACUUCUCAGAGUGCCGAUUUAACGGUUUUAGCUGGAGAUUUGAACACCGAACCAGGAGACCUUGCGUACAGAGUAAUGCUGGCAGUACCUGGUCUUGUGGACUCAUUUGAAAGUUUUGAUAUCCAAGAAGAACAGGGUGCAACCUUUGCAAAUCCUAAAAACAGCUACACUCCUCGAUGUUCGGGUAGGAAAAAUCCUGGCCAAAGAAUAGACUACAUCAUGUACCAUCCCGGCUCAAGGUUACAGGUGGACUUGAAGAGUUAUAAAGUUCCUUUACCUGACCGGGUGCCUCAUCAGUCUUGCAGUUAUUCUGAUCAUGAAGCAAUAGAAGCAACUCUAGAGAUCAGUCAAAAAACUAUGGAGAGCUUUUCUAGGGAUCAAGAGAAUCUCAAGAGUGUUCUGAAAGACUGCCUCAACGUAGUGGACCACGCCCUGAAUAAACUAAUUACCCACAAAAUAGUGUACUUUACUUUUGCUAUCAUCUUGUUUAUUGUCUUGUUGGUUUCUCUCAUAUUCGAUGCCCCCGAAGGUUUCUUUGUUGUCUUUAGUGUCCUUAGGGCUUUGAUCGUUGUCUUGAUCACAUUCUGUCUUCUCAUGGCAACUAUUUGGAACAAAAUGGAAAAACAUGGAGUACUUGCUGGAAAACUGGCAAUUGAAAUGUCGCUAAAGAAGCACACAAACUUAUGACUAAGAGUUAUUGCAGAAGAUUUGUGCGAAGUAUUAUAUCGAUAGGACGAGUUUGUCACUAUUUUCAUUAUUUUACUGUACAACUAAAUAGUUGAUUACCUCACAGCAGCUCCAUGCAAAAAAUGAUUUGUAAUCAAAUGAGUAAAAACAAAAACAAAACAAGCACUGUUCACAAACACCAGAGCUGCAACAUUUCUCGAAGCGCACUUCACCAACCAAAUUGGUGUCUUCAUGGGAUGAAGUAGAACAGUUUUAUCUCGUGAAGACGUCAACCAAGUUAGCGAAACACGUGUCGAGAAAGGAGAUGAAGUAGGCCAGUCUACUUCAUCUUGUCCUUGUUUUUGGAUUUAUACUACAGCUACCGGACUGAGUCGUGACCGGUGGGAGAAAUCAUAUAUGCAUAAAGUUUGGGUAGGUGAAUAACAAUAUGUUUAUGCAAUUUACUUUUAAACGCCAUCACUAAUUGAAUACGGUCCUGAAUUUGGAUGUUUACGGCUCGAAUAAUCUAACAGACUGACAACAGAGAUAACACAUCUACUGCACAUCUUGAGGGAGGGGCUUCUCACCGGCAAUGACUCAGUCCGGCAGCUGUAUGUCAGAUGUUCCAGUUCUACUUUUCAAGCAAAAAAAUGUAAAAAUAAGAAUAAAUACUGUGUUUUUACUAUGCUUUAUCUCCGGAACCUGUGAAAAUAUGCCCAAUCAGAGCAUGUAUAAGAGUGUAUACAUUCCAUUUUUCAUUCAGUUACUAUGCUUUAGCAUGGGUCAGUUUCUUAAUCUGGGUCUUGCCUGUUAAUCAGGUUUUAAGUGAUUUGAAUCUCUUUUUAUUAUGAACCAAAUCUGUAUUUCAGUAACAACAAUAUUACAAACACAAGAAAGAAAGACAUUCCAUUUGUUUGGCAAUAAAUGUUCUCAGUAGAAAUUGUGUGAGAUGAUAUGCAUAUGUUUUUUAUUCAGUUCCUCUGAAAAAGUAGAUACAAAGUUAUCCAGUUCUUAUUCUGGCUCAUUCGUAAAUGUGACUUUUCAUCUUUGAUAGUUUUCUAUUUAUUAAUUUCUAGGGGCCAUAAAUCUCUUACCCAAAAAUUGUAUGAAUAGCGUUUAUAUCAGGUAUUUUGAAUGAAAUAGAAAAUGUGAAUAUAUGCUGUACAGAUGGUAUUACAUGCUGAAUUGUCAUCACGGCUGUACAUCCGUUCGUCAUUGACAUUAUCAUGAUGUUUCGGCAAGAUCCCACUCGCCAUAUUCAUGUGGUCUGUUUGGUAGCUGUUUCAAGUUCAGCUACACAUGAAUAUGACAAGUAGGAUCUUGCUGAAACGUCUUGAUAAUGUUGAAGACAAUCGGAUAAUAAUUUUAUUGUUUUCAUUAAAUAAACGAAAUCAGUUACAUGGA